CCCCCUCACAUAGCUAUUAUACUAACUACAUAAACAUGGGUGAUACAUAUAGCCUUUGGCUAUUAUCCAUUUCUUUCCUCUUGUUAGUACUCUAUGGAGGUGUUGAAACCCAAGCCUCACACAUUGUUCUACAAAACCUUGAAGCUCUCCAACCACCUUACCCCAACCAUACUUAUAGAACCUCUUUUCAUUUCCAACCUCCUAGGAACUGGAUGAACGAUCCAAAUGGGCCUAUGGUUUAUAAAGGAGUGUACCAUUUCUUCUACCAAUACAACCCAAAAGGUGCAAGUUUUGGCAAGAUAUCAUGGGGACACUCUACUUCAAAAGACCUAGUUAACUGGAGAGCUCAUAUCCCUGCACUCUCUCCAUCCCAGCCGGCGGCCGAUAUCAACGGUGCAUGGUCCGGCUCGGCGACGAUUCUUCCGAACAACAUGCCGGCGUUGCUCUACACCGGCGUGGAUUCAAGAAACCGGCAGGUCCAGAACUUGGCCGUGCCCAGAAACCCAUCCGACCCGUACCUCCAAGAAUGGGUAAAAUCGCCCCGGAAUCCAUUAAUCGCGCCAAACCAUUACAACAAGAUCAAUGCUACGUCGUUUAGGGACCCCACCACCGCCUGGCGAGGCCCUGACGGGAACUGGAGAAUCCUAGUAGGGAGCAAAGUUGGCCGCCGGGGAUUAGCUAUCCUGUACAGGAGUAAGGAUUUCGUUCGCUGGGUCCAAGCCAAACACCCUCUUCAUUCAGGUGAAGGUUCAGGAAUGUGGGAGUGUCCUGACUUUUAUCCCGUUUCUACUAGCCCAAACGGCCUGGACACUUCCUUAGUUGGUUCCAAGAUCAAACAUGUACUGAAAAUUAGCCUGGAUGAGUCUAGGCAUGAUUACUACACGAUUGGAACGUACGAUCAUGUCAGGGAUAAGUAUAUCCCGGAUAAGGGAUCCGUGGAUAACGACUCCGGGUUAAGAUAUGAUUAUGGCAAGUUUUAUGCCUCCAAGACGUUUUAUGACAGCUUAAAGAGAAGGAGAAUUCUGUGGGGUUGGAUUAAUGAAUCCUUGAUCGAUACUGAAUAUGUUAAACAAGGUUGGUCUGGAGUUCAGGGAAUUCCAAGAACUGUUUGGCUUGAUAAAACUAGAAAACAGCUGGUUCAAUGGCCAGUUCAAGAACUCGAAAAGCUGCGUUCAAAUAAGGUUGAGAUGCCCAGUACGAUGCUCAAGAAAGGAUCUGUAUCUGAAGUUUCAGGAAUCAGUGCCGCUCAGGCGGAUAUGGAGGUUACGUUUAAGAUAAUGGAGUUUGGGAAGGCAGAAAAAAUGGAGGAAAGAUGGACGACAGACCCUCAAGUGUUGUGCAGCCAGAAGGGGGCAUCAGUACGAGGAGGAAUAGGGCCAUUUGGGUUGAAGGUUUUGGCUUCAGAAAACAGGCAAGAAUACACAGCAGUGUUCUUCAGAGUCUUCAUGGGAAACAACAAUAAUCCUGUCGUGCUCAUGUGCAGUGAUCAAACCAGGUCUUCACUAGACAAGAAGACAGAUAAGACCAGUUAUGGUGCAUUUGUGGAUGUGAAUCCUAUGCAAGAAGAAUUAUCACUCAGGAUCUUGAUUGACCACUCCAUAGUGGAGAGCUUUGGAGCAAAAGGAAAGGUUUGCAUUACUUCAAGGGUUUAUCCCACAAAGGCUAUUGGUGAGAAGGCACACUUGUAUGCAUUCAAUAAUGGAGUCCACAGCAUUAAGCUCUCCAAAUUGACUGCUUGGUCCAUGAAAAAACCAACCAUCAAUUGACUCCAUCCUCAAUAUUAAUGUUACUAAGGAUAUAUCAUAUAAAUAAAUAAAUUAGCUUGUCGGUCUGGUGAUGAUUACAUUUGUAUGUCGUGCGUUAUUUUUAAUGUAACUUAUUAUGCAAGUAAUAAUAUAAAGAUUGAUGAUGAAGAAAGCAUGUACUCAUUUCAUUACAUAUAUAUAUAUAGUAUUUUUAAUGUAACUUAUUAUGCAAGUAAU